AUGGCCAACUCUUUGUCUAUCCUUUCAGUUUCUUCUUUAAUGUUGGCUGCCGCGGCUAAUGCCGCGACGCUGGCCCCAGCGAAUGAUAUUUUGUUUCCUUCGACCUCGAACUCCCAGAACCCUUUGAUCUAUUCUGGAGGGAACACUCCUUGGUAUGCCGGUCCCAAUGUCAAUGGUAUGAGUAAUUCUGUACCCAAGACAUGCACCGUGCAGCAAGCGGCAUAUGUCGUGAGACACGGUAGCAGAUUCCCUGAUUCUGGCUCUUAUUCAUCUUGGGUCAAUCUUCACGAGAAGAUCCAAAUCGCCGUCAACGGCUCUGGUUUCAAGGCUCGUGACGAGCUGGCCUUCAUUUCCGACUGGAGCCCGGUUCUGACCAACCCAACUUUGCAAAUUGCUCAAGAAACUAUGACUGGAUGGAAGGAGGCUCGCGAUCUUGGUUAUCAACUCCGGGCUCGCUAUCCCGACUUCUACGAGGACGGUAACCCCUUCUACGUUUGGGCGAACCAGUACGCCUCUCCUAUCAUCAAGUCUCGAGUAGUCCAGACCGCGCGCGCGUUUGUUCAGGGUUACCUCUACGGCUUUGCUAGCACCGCAGGCACCGUGGUCAGUGUCAACUCGACCGGCUCUAUUAGCGCCAUUGGUAAUUCACUGGGACCUUCAGAUGGGUGUCCAAGUUUCGCGGCCGGAUCCACUGGAGGAAACAAUGUCACCAACUUCGAUGCUACUUGGGUCCCGACGGCUCUGAAGCGCAUCAAUUCCAUGAUCAGCGGAAACCUGACCUUUGAUGAGACCGACAUCCUGUUCUUCCCCUAUCUGUGCGGAUACGAGAGCCAGAUUACCGGUAAUAUCAGCCCGUGGUGCAGCGUGUUCACCCAGAAAGAGCUGCAAAACUAUGCCUACUCCCAGGAUCUUAGCUACUACUACAGUGUCGGCCCCGGAGCCGUUGGUGGACCGGCACCUAAGCUUUUCCUGCCUUUCCUCCAGAGCCUGACCACUUUGUUGAGCAAGGGGCCUGGCCAGACCGGUAUCGCCGCUGAUGGCGGCAAUUUCACCGUUCCCAACCUGAUCAUGGCUUUCCUCAAUGAUAACCAGAUCGCCGAGAUGACGGCUGCCAUGGGUAUGUUCGAUAAUGAGGACCCUCUGCCCGAUGACCACGUCCCCAAGGAUCACCUUUAUAAUGUCUCUCACUUCAUCACCAUGCGCGGUACUGUUGCCUUUGAGGUUCUGAACUGCGAGGUUGGCCAUGGAAGAAAGACUUCUGACGAGCUCUACCUUCGCAUUAUGUUCAACGAUGCCGUUUACCCUAUUCCCCGCUGCCAGAACGGUCCCGGCAGUAGCUGUUUGCUCUCGGAUUACAUCUCGAUGAUUGAGAAGAAGAGCAAGAAAGCCGGCAACUGGCUCGACUACUGCGAUGUGACUGAGACUACGGAGCCUGUGGCUGGAGCUAGCUUCUUCACUGAUCUGUCACUGGACUUUUUGACUAUGGUCAGCCCGUGA